AUAGAGAGUAACUGAAUUUGCAGUUUGCGAGAUUGACUGUUGGUGUGUUCACAUAUGCUAAAUGACCUGAUAUCUGUAGCUGCUGGAGUGCACAAACUAGAACAUUGGGUACUGUUUUGACUACACCUAUAGCAUGUUCAUGCUGUGUGUGGAAGCAGUCAUGCAGAACCUUUGGAAUUUCUGUAUUCAUUUUAGUAGUGUCAGUCACCCUGACUACAAUUUGAUUUAUUCACUGGAAAUGAGUAAAUGGCAUUUUAAAUGAGCAUCACAAUAUUAAAAAAUGUGCUUUUUAGUUUAAAUUAUAAGAGAAAUUUGGAGCUUAAUUCCAGGCCCUUUAAGGGGUCCUCCUUUUAACUAAUACAAUUUUAUUGGCAGUAUCUCAUAUCCCUGUUCCAAAAGGGGGAAAUCAACUGUUACAACAUAAAAAUCACUUGGACAGCAAGGAUUCUUUUUGCAAUUGUCUAAAUUAAAAACGAUUAAUGUAACGCUAACUGCAAGCACUCUGCAUUUGCUAUGAAAAUGCGAGUAGAUAAUUUGUUUGUUUAGCUCCAAACUGAUAUUUCCAUGAAAUAUUAAAGAUUCAAAUGUACAUUUCAAAAUAUUUCUGUAUUUCUAUGAAGCCUACCUAAGCUCACUGUAGUCAAGUACUGCUGUUUUGCCUCUUGGUCUCACGCGGCCUUUGCAUGGGGGGAGUUGUGGGCGGAGUAAGUGACCUAGUUUUGUCCAAUAGCUCCUUGUAAGGGGAGGAGUCAGGAUUACUUUAAGCCAAUCACGAUGAGGUCGUCCUGCCGAUGGGCAGCACCCGCGCGUGCUAGGGCCAUGUGCGCCCUCGGAGAGGAGGAUUCGGUCUUAAAGAGACUUUGUGGAAUUUCUGUCGGCAAAAACCGACGGGCGCUCACGUUUCAAGCGGAUUAAAGGUGAUCUGAGAAAUUAUGCACCCUGAGUAGCUGGGAGGAAAACCAGGCCUAGUAGGCUAUAUCAUAUUAAGUAGUAAUGUAUAUUGUUCGGGGGUCUCAAAUGUAACCGAAUGUUUUAAAUGUUAAAUUCUGCUAAUUAGGCUAGUCAGAUCUAGAAUAGAUCUGAAAUAAAAAAACGCAUUUAGUAUUGUUGCUAAAUAAAAAAAUACAUUUAAAUAUGGUUGUUUCAGUGGUUUUGCUAUUUAUUGGAUCCAUACUUUCAUUACGGCACCAGAUGUUUGGCGGUAUGACCAAGCGACGUGUUCGGGCACCUGGGAAGUGUGUAAAUUUAGAGCAACAAAUAACGGGUUAAUGUUUGGGAACAUAAAGUUCUGUGGACGGGGUGGGACGCCUUGAUGUCAAAGUGUACCCUACUCCGGCUUAUAAUUGGCUAGAUUGCUUUGGAGGUUGGGCUCUCACCAGGCUUUGAGGCGUGGUGUUGGGGAGGUGUGUCUCAUUAAUAUUGAUAAACACCCCCCCUCCUGCUCCAUUACCCGUGAGAUGUGACGUCACGAGAAUUGCCCGUGUUCGUUCCAGCUGACUCCAGCCUCGGCUCGAGCGCAAGCUGUGAGUCUACAUACAGAAAGAGAAAGAGGGGGAGAAGCAGAAUUAAAAAAAAAAAAAAAAAAAGAGAGAGCGAGCGAGAGCGACAGAAGGGAAAGGGGGGAAAAAACAAGAAGCUAUCACAUCAACCAAUCGCGCUGCUUAGCUGCACAUUUUCUGUUAGGCUAUUAAUUUGUUUUUUGUUUUUGAUUUUUAAAAAACGGUUUAUGGUCGGUAUUUCUGUUCUGCGUGUAUUAUUGAUAAAUAACAUUUUUCCAUAAGGUUGCAGCGUUUGCAAUUUUUCGAAGUUUCAGUGCGACGAAAGCCAAGUCUAGUUCUGUACGCGAGUCUCGAUUUGCGCUUGGUUCACUUCAGGAAUUCAUUAUAGACAUUUGUUAUUAUCUUUUAUUUUGAUUUUGUCCUGAUGGUGAAGAAAUUGUCAGAUUUCCGAACAAUUACAAAAAUCAGUCUAACUUUAAGAAGAUAGGAAAUAAGGAAAUAUUCUACAUUUACGCAAGAGGACGAUACAAAACAACAACUGCAACAAGGAUAUUAGAAUACAUUAGCACAUAGCCACUCGCUGGAUUAAGGGCGAGAAAUAUAGUUUUACAAUUGGAGCUCUUCACCGUAUUGUAAACACGAACACUUUCGAUAAAUGAUCAGACAUAAUAUAUUUACGUAGCAGCGAAACUCGAUUUGACUGCGCGCGAGUAUCCGGCUAAACAGAUUAUUGUACAGUUGUGAGUAUCGCAUUUAUUGGAUAUAUUAUUUAAUGUAAUUGUCUAUUCGCUAGACUUGUGGACCGAUAUGUGCAUAAGGAGGACUAAAACGAUCCAAAUAAUCUAGUUAUAGAGCAGCCAAAUUUGACCGUAAUCACCGUAAUUUAGGACAAGUUGUCGUUGUAGUGUAACCACGACACCAUUAAAUUAAUCCGUAAUUAAUCGAUUAACUGUCAACAACGCACAUUAAAAUAGGCGGCCACCGAGUGAUGUCCAGGCCGCUCACACAGCUUCUACCCCCUGACCUCCCCGCCGGAGCUAGCCCUCAGUUUGGGAGUAGUAACACGGCGAGCAGUACUCUAGGUGGUGGGCACCUGGGUUCCAUGGCAAGCUUGAAGUCCCUUCUGCAGCUCCCAAUCAAAGGCGACCAGCGAGGGAAAGACUGCUGUGAUAUGAAAGACAAAGACAAACCCCUGGACUCUGAUGAGGACUCUGGCUCUAUGGCUGGGGGCAUUGUGGGUAGUGGUGGGAGUGGCAGCGGAUGCUCCCUGCGCUCCUCCUCCCAGUCUGCCUUCCUGGGACCCCUGCUUUGGGAGCGCACCCUGCCUUGCGACGGGGGCCUGUUCCAGUUGCAGUACAUGGACCUGGAGGAGUUUCUGACUGAGAACGGGAUGGGCAGCCUGCACAACAACAGCUCCAGCUCUGCCCAGAUCCCCUCCCAGAGCUCCCAGUCCGCCAUCCCCAACCAGAGUUCCCAGUGUCCCCCAUCUUCCCCCCCGCCCUGCUCGUCAUCCUCGUCCUCCUCUUCCUCAUCCUCUCCCUCCUUGCUGGGCCUGGACAUGCAGCAAACAACGCAAGGCCUGCUGGGAGGGUCGGAGUGUCUGCACAGUGGCCAAGGAGCCCCUCUGGAUCCUUCUCCAUCUCCCUCUUCUUCCUGCCCUCCACCUCCUGCACCUCCCGCCGCCAAUGGGGCUGAUGUCAUGGUGAACUUUGACCCAGACCCCGCUGACCUGGCGCUGUCCAGUGUGCCGGGCCAGGAGGCCUUCGACCCGCGGAGGCACCGCUUCAGCGAGGAGGAGCUCAAGCCGCAGCCCAUGAUCAAGAAGGCCCGCAAGAUGCUGGUGCCGGAGGACCUGAAGGACGACAAGUACUGGAGCCGGCGGUGUAAGAACAACGAGGCGGCCAAGCGGUCCCGGGACGCCCGGCGGUUGAAGGAGAACCAGAUCUCGGUGCGCGCGGCUUUCCUGGAGCGGGAGAACGCGGCGCUGCGGCAGGAAGUGGCCGACAUGCGAAAGGAACUGGGCCGCUGCCGUAACAUCCUUAACAAAUACGAAAGCCGACAUGAAGAACAGUGAAGGGAGAGACGGCCGGGGGGAGGAAGACUGCGAUGGGUGGGCCGGGAGGGGUGACAAAGGCUGAAGACAUGAUGAUGAUGAUGAUGGUGAUGGUGAUGAUAAUAAUGAUGAUGAUGAUGAUGAUGAAAGUAAAAUAAGUUUAAGAGGACAGGAAAAGCAGUAGGGUAGAGGAAGAGCAGUAAAGGUGGCAGGACAGUUUUUUCUAUUAACAAAAAUGGUAUAUUUUUGAACUAGAGAAUGGGGGAGAGAAGAGGAAAGAACAGGCAGAGGGAAUUGCAAUGAAUUACAUGUGACUGAGCAGAAGGGCUCGGGUGAGAUUCAGGAACCGAUCAAGAGAAGAUUUUGACAUAGUAUAACUGUAUAUUUUUAUAUUCGCAAAAAUGAGAAGGGGGUGGACAGUGGAAAUUUUGGAAAUAAUUUUGUAUAUUUUAUAUAUGGGUGGGAGGGAAUUUGGAUAGAGAAAGAUGAAUAUAAAAUGAUAUCUUUUAAAAAAUCAUUAUUGAAUGAUAUAUUUGAAAUGAGGAUUUUUGAAUGGAGAUAUGUGAAAAGAUGAGUCGGGAAUAUGGGUGUGAUGUAAGGAUGAACUGGAGGAAUGUAAAAUGGAAGACUACAGAGGCUGAGAUAGGGAUGGGGGAAGGGUUUUUGAGUGAAACUGUAGAGAGAAAAAACUAAAUGAAAAUUUUGUAGUUAAAAUUUUAUUGUGGGUUUGUUCAAGCACUUAAUUUGUUAUCUUCUCUUUGAUUCCUUUGUUGAAGUGAAUGUCUAUAGACAUGGUAGGGAGCAAGUAGAGAGAGAGAAAUUACAAAACACUUAAUAGUUCAGCAAAUAUUUCACAAAUAUAGAGAGUCCAUUUGCCGAGAGCUUUUCCCAUGUAUAUAUGUAAAGGGCUGGGUAGGGACUUGAUACGUUCAGUACCUUCGAGACAGUCAUUACGACACAAUGUAACACACUGGAGAGACCUGUCAUUUGUAUAUCCUCUCAGAUUUUUUCUCUCUCUCUAUUGGAUUUGUGAACAGAAUUAAACUGGUAUAGAAUUUAUCACCCAGGUUAAGUUGGCAGUGAGUGUGAUUAAUGCGUCACUGGUGCUCCAGAGUGCGGAUUGCAUGCAAUAUAGCAGCCCACUUAAAGCAUUUCACUGCACUUUGUAUUGCUCAUCCUGUGUUAUGUCAGUACUUUUGCUCUCAGUCCUAUACCAGUUUGUCUACAUGACAAUCCACCUUUACACAACCUUUUAAAAUGCCUAUGCUGUUCUGGGUAUCGUACAAAUAUGUUUCAUACCACGGUAUAUUCGUACCUCUCUUUAAAAAAAAAAAAAAAAACCUGUCCUUUUCCUAUAAAACGCACCCCUUUUGUUACUGUAUGCUAAAAAUAUAUAUUAUACUAUGAAUUAUUAUAGGAAAAAGAAGCUGUCUGAUUAAAUGUAAGUGUAUAUAUAAAUAAGUAUAUAUGUGAAUGUGUGGAUAUGCGAGUGUGUGUAUAUAUGCAAAUUAUAAUUCCAAGAGAUGUCAGGUUAAUUGGAAUGAUGUUAAAUUCUCAGAUAUCUGGGAAAGGAAAGGCCAAAUUUCAAAAUGCUGAUGCAAAGGAGUGGGGGUUUAUUUUUUAACCGCUUAAUUUCCAGUUUCAUUUCUCAGCUUCCCCAUUCCAUCUUUGCAAACUGUUGAAAUGCAUGGUACACUACCAACUCAUCUUGGGAGGAAGGUUCUAGUAAAACCAGAUAUGAACUCUGUUGGGUUAAUAAGUCUGUUAAUUUAGUUGUUGGGAUUCAAUGACCUUUUUUAUCAUUGUUACUAUUAUGAUUAUUAUUGUUAGUGUUAUCCUUGCUGUUUAUGAUUACAUUUUAUGUUUUCAGCAUUUCUUGGAACAUUUUUCUGAAGGAAUGCACAGUUUUUACUUCCCUCGUACCUUUAUUUCGAAUUCUUUUUUGAUAGCUACACUUUGUAUGAGCCUGUUCACUGUCAGCACAAUCAAUUGCGAUUCCACCAGGCCCUGGGUGCAUUGUGGGGGCUUCCUGUGUUUGAAUUUCAAAAAUGGAAAAACAACAAAAACUAUGGAUUUUUUUUUUCUUGGAGGCAUUUGAAAUAACCCUCACAGCAGCCUAUAUAUUGCCAGCUGUAUUGACCUCUGAUGCUGCUAACCUCCUGUUGGAAUUUAAAAAGAGUUCCAGAUUUUAUUAUUUUUUGUAUACUUGGGAACUGAAGUCAUUGAAGCUUAUAAGCUAUUGACAGUACUGUUUUUUGUGUAAGCUUACUUCAACUUUAAUGGGCAUUUGUUGCUCAUCUUUGCAUCAUCAUGACCGUAUGCUUUCCCAAAUGGACUGUGGGUUAUGUAGUCCUUUUUUCCUUCAGAAGUGGAUAAUGAAUAUUUAGCUCUUAUUGUGACUUAUUAACUACAAAUCCCAUCAGCACACCACUACCCAACUGCACCGGUGAUGUCUACUGUUCCUGUCCAAAGGAAUGCUGGGGAAUGUAGUCUGGCUUUCCAAAGCACCAAUAAAGAAUUAUCCUUACUCACUGAGUAAA